AUGUAAGUAAUAUUACCUUCUGCAUUUAUUUAGUCAAAGGACAAAAAGAAAUCCAUUAAAUCAACUAGCAACUCUCAUGUUGGGACUGUCAUAGGAGCUAAUAACGGAUAAUUUAAUUAUUCAAUGUCUCCAUCUAAAAGUGGAUAUUUGAUAGAUGGCAAGUCAGUUACUUCUUUAAAAGGGUAGAGCAAGAACCAAUUCAAUAAUGGAAUUUAAUCUUUUAAUGGAUAAAAUACAAAUAUUGCGCAGCUUUAGUAAAGCCAAAAUUAAUAGCCACUAUAGGGAGUAGCUUACCCUAAUACUCAAAUUUUGCUAUCUUAAUCCUAAUAAUAAAAUAUGUAUAAUAGCAAUAAUGGUCAUAAUUAGACUUCUUAAAAUAAUUUUCAGUAAUUCAAUCAAAAUUAGUUAUAGCUUAGUUAGCAGUUGCAUCAAAUGCAAUAAUAAUAGUAAUAGUAGCAGAUAAUACAAAUAUAGCAGAAUCAAUAAUAGAAUCAAACAGCUUUAAGCAACAAUGCUAUGCCUUCUGGAGGUAAUUUCUCAUAAUCAGCUCAUUAAAGCAGCGAUAAAAAACAGUAAAAUCUUCAAUUAUAAUUGUAAUAAUAAUUACAAAUGUAAAAAUAAAGCAAUACCUUUGCUAAAUUCAAAGACCUAUUCGGUUCAAAGAGAUUGAGUGAAGCUAAUGCCAAGUAGUUUUUAGAAAAUAGCAAUUUUAAUAGCAUAACUAAUAGUAGCGCUAAUUUCAAUAAGUCAAGCAGAUUAACUGCCUAGCUUUAAGUUAGUAAAAUGACUAAUCCUUAAACUAAUCAAAAUUAGAAUGCAAAUGGAGUAUCUAAUAACCCAAAAAGCAUUAUUUCUCCUAAGCGCUAGCAAAUUUUAAGUCAUGGAUACAUAAUUGAAGAUAAAAAAAAGAAAACAAAAUAGUUCUAAGAAGGAAUUUUAAACUAACAAUAGCAGAUUUUGAAUCUUUAGUAAUAGGCUUUGCUUUCAGCUAGCUAGCCCUAUUUUAAAAUAAACAGAGAUGCAAGCAAAUAACCUCUACCAGAAGAAAAUACACUUCAAAAUUAGUCUAAUAAUAAUUAGAAUGUUGCAUUUUUUAGCAGUACUACAAGUGGCUCUAGCAAUUAAAUAAUAAUUCCCUAAAAUAAAAUGAAUAACAAUUAAAAUUUAGCACAAGGAAAUUAAUCAUCAAGCAUAAAUGCUGGAAAUUACAGUAAUGCACAAAAAUAGAGUAUGAGUAAUAGUAUUAAUAAUGGACCAAUUGAUUAUAGCUAGAGCAAAAAUAUAGAUAUUAAUAAGUUGGCAGAGUACAAAAAAUAAUUAGAAUCUCAAUUAGAAAAUGUAAAUAAUUACAUAGAUAGUAUUAAAAGCUUUUCAACUAACCCUUAAUAUAAAAACCUUACAAUUAACAUAGAUGCUCCUUAAAUGUCAUAAGAUGAAAAAAAUAAACUUCUCUCAAAGAAGCUAUCUUUGGAUGAAAUAGUUGUUAUAUCUGCACCAUAGAGCGUUAGAAAUACAAAAGAUUCAAAUCAUAAUUCUAAUUCUACUACAUAAGGUUCCACAUAACAUAUUAAUAAUUUAGUAUAAAUAUUUAAUUUAGAUAAAUAAAAUGGUAUAGCAGCAGUAUCUGUUAAGGAUGAGAGCCAGUAAGGAGAGUUAAAUGGAAGUACCUUAAAGAACUAGCAUAAUUCUGUUAACAUAUAAGCUCAAGCAAUAUCAAAUGAAGCUAAAUUGGUUAGCUCAUAAAAACUUUUUCCUAAAACUGCAACUUCUAGGGAUACAACUUAAAAUUAAACAAAUGGAACUUAAUAAUUCUUCAUGUCUACAAAAGCUUAACAAAAUAAAACUCACAUAAAAAGACUGACUUUGGAUUCUACAUUUUCUUAAACUUUACAAUCCUAGCGCAUGCCAACAUCAAAUAACUAGCUGUCGUCUAUUUUAUCUUAAUCUACUCAUCAUUUUAAUCAAGCAGGAUAACAAUUAAUAGUUAAUCCUCAUUAUGUCAAUCAAAAUAUUGUAUAAAAUGAAUAAGAUUUGGGUAAUAAUCUUUAAUAUCAAUUAAAUAAGCUUAAAGAAAGAAUAAUGAAGGCAUUAACUAAUUACAAAAAAAAUAAAGAAUCUUCUGAUAAAUUAAAUUAAUAGCUCAUAGUUAAAAUCAGCAACUUGUAAUCUAAAAAUAAUUCUUAAUAAUAAAUAUUAAUGCCUUCAGGAGUAUAAAAUAAUGUCUAAUAGCAUGGAUAAACACCUAAUUAAGUAUACCAUGCAAAAUCAAAUUCAUUUUAGUAGCUUUAGCUGCCAUAGUAAGCUAUGCCAUUACAUUCUUUUAAUAAUCAGCCUAAAUUACUCUCUCAAUCUUAAUAGUUUUUUUUACAAAAAAAUUCUGAAAAUUAGAUGUAAAGUGGAGGAUAAUUCUUUAAUUCAAACGCAUUGUAUGGUAACUUAUAAUCUUAAACGAACAUAAACACAUAAAAUUAAAAUUAGAAUCCAAAUUAAAUGUUAGCAAGUGAACAACUUAAAAAAGAAUACUACUCUAAUUCAAAUAAUACAAAUUAAUUAAACCAAAAUCAAGUAAUGCAGUAGCAUAACGGUAAUAAUUCUUUACAGUAGCAUAUAGUUAUUGAUAGUCUCAAUUUAGGGUAAAAUAGUUAAAAUAACAUAAACUAUCAAGUAUCAUCUAAAAAUACAUCUUAAUCACCUCCAUUUAGUACCUCAAACAAGUCAAAAAAUAAUGGAGGAAUGAUAGUUUAAUCUCCAAAUCAAAAUGUGAAAUAAUUCUAAUUUUUUAAUGGCUAAAUCUCUAAUAAUGGAUAAAGAAUAUCAAACAAUUAAAUUAAUCAUCAAUAAUAUUAACAAACGCAUUAAAUGCAGCAGAUAGUAGAAGAGAAAAUGAUCUAAUGA